AUUCGAUUCAGCUUGGGUUCUCUGCACUUUCUGCACUCAUCCAGGGUGCGCUGCACCUAAACCCUCGAUUCCCUGAGGUGCAGAGGCGCCCCCUGCACUCUCGUCCUCGAUUGCGCGGGGUGCGAGGUUAGGUGUCGCCGCGGUGCAGUGCACCUUUGAACCUGACUGGGAAGAGGUGCAGCCGCGCGACCCUACCGCCAUAGCAGACGAGUUGAAGUGAGCGAAGUAGACGCCGCAUGUAAUAUGUCUGUGCUCGUAGAAAUUGAUGGCAGCCCGACAGAGCUGUAUCCAAUUUAUGAUGAGUUUGGUGUCAUUACCUUCGACGGUGACGCCGAGCUUUAUUCUACAGCAGGUAAGUUUGCUAUUGUACUCUGUAAGCAUGGUGUAAGCAUAAUAGCAUGGUUUGUAUACGUGCGAAGUGGAGACAUUUCUUCCGUUAUUUUUGCAGAUGGAAGAAGGGUGAGGGUGCUUUGCACACCGGGGGGUUUCGCCGCAGAUUCUGCGCGAACACAGCAGUCAGGAGCCGCAACUUCGAGUUGCGGAGACGCCACGCCGCGUACUACCGAAGCUGCUGCCGUGGACGCGGCAGCCAUGCCGACUCGGCAACACGACAGCGAGGAAGCCUUGUGGAGCGGCCGCAGAACGAAAUUCCUGAUAGAAAAUUACAAGGAGCACUUCGGCCGCAUCGGGCAAAAGGGGGGACUAAGGACCAAAAAGCAGCUGAUGCUGUUUUUGACAGACUCGAUCAAUGAUGAGUUCGGCUGCUGCCUCACCGUGGUCCAAGUAACAAACAAAUGGAAGUCGCUCGAGAGAGCGUACAAGAGAGUGCGGACAAAUAAUAAUAAAUCCGGCAGCGCCGCUGCCGAGUGCAGUUUUGAGGGAGACCUGCAGGACUUCAUGGAAAGACAGCAUCAUGUGAGUCCUGUUGUGACAUAUGCACAGGGACAAAAAAUUGUGCCCGACGACAGGGAGAGGGAACUGCAGGCCCCAGAAGCAGUGGACAGCCCAACUGGCCAUGCGGAGCUGCCUAAACAAAAGAAGGACCGGCCCUUACUGCAGCUCCUGCAAAAAUUAGAUGAAAUAGAAAAAAAUAGGGCAACGCGCCACAAGGAGAAGAUGGCCCUGCUGGAGCGCUUCGUGAGCGCAUAUGAAACAAAAAAAUAAACAGCUUGUGUUCAUCAAAUCAUGUCUUCUGGCAUUUAUUCAACCGAGACACGAAACGGAAGGUAUGAGGCUGGGAACAGUGCAAAGCAUUCGAAACAAAAUUAUAGUGGUCAGAACAAGUCAGAAAGCAAAGUGCAUUUUUGAGAAAUGUGGAGGCUGCAGCAGUA